AUGGAUGUCAACUGCCGGGUCAAGAGUAAAAUUACUAUUCAUAUGAAAAAUCAAAUUCAUUCAACUUUCAACACAUUAUACCAUAAUCACUCUCAUCCGAUGCUUUUUGUUCUAUUGUAUAAACGAAAUUCUACAGACAUACAAUCAAGAGGAAACGACGAGUCCUUUCGAAGCACUUUUGUCUAUAAUAAUAUUACUAUCGAUAUCAUGCCCAGUCAAAGACAAUCGGAUUCCAAUUUAGAAAUAAUGGAUCGGGAGAAUUUUGAUGCCAGUAGAAGUUUACUGAUAGCUCAUCGACGCGCAACUACCAUUGGCAAUAUUCCACGUGGAUCGAUUCAUUAUUCAGCUAUUCCAGAAUUAUCAGCAAGUGAAAAAUGUAUUGCUUCAUCAUUACGUAUGUAA